AUGCCUGAAUCAGUGUCAAAACCGCAAACCCUCUACGACAAGGUGCUCUCCAAGCACAUUGUCGACGAGAAGCUCGAUGGUACUCUGUUGCUUUACAUCGAUCGCCACUUGGUCCACGAAGUCACCUCUCCCCAAGCCUUUGAGGGCCUCAAGAAUGCCGGUCGUGCCGUUCGCAGACCAGACUGCACCCUGGCCACUACCGACCAUAAUGUCCCUACCACUUCCCGCAAAAACAUGAAGGACAUUGCUAGCUUCAUCGAAGAGGACGACUCCCGCACACAAUGCGUCACCCUGGAAGAAAACGUCAAGGACUUUGGCCUGACCUACUUUGGCCUCGGCGACAAGCGCCAGGGCAUCGUGCACGUCAUCGGUCCCGAGCAGGGCUUCACGCUGCCCGGCACCACCAUGGUCUGCGGCGACUCGCACACCUCGACGCACGGCGCCUUUGGCUCGCUGGCCUUUGGCAUCGGCACCAGCGAGGUCGAGCACGUCCUCGCCACGCAGUGCCUCAUCACCAAGCGCAGCAAGAACAUGCGCAUUCAGGUCGACGGCGAGCUCGCCCCGGGCGUCAGCUCCAAGGACGUUGUCCUCCACGCCAUUGGCAAGAUCGGCACCGCCGGCGGCACCGGUGCCGUCAUUGAGUUCUGCGGCUCCGUCAUCCGAAGCCUCAGCAUGGAGGCCCGCAUGUCCAUCUGCAACAUGUCCAUCGAGGGUGGUGCCCGUGCCGGCAUGGUCGCGCCCGACGACAUCACCUUUGAGUAUCUCAAGGGCCGGCCCCUCGCGCCCAAGUACGGCUCCGACGAGUGGAACCGCGCCGUGGCCUACUGGCGCGCCCUGCAGUCCGACCCCGACGCCAAGUACGACAUUGACGUCUUCAUCGACGGCAAGGACAUUAUCCCCACCAUUACCUGGGGCACCAGCCCCGAGGACGUCGUCCCCAUCACCGGCGUCGUCCCGGACCCCGAGACCUUUGCGACCGAGUCCAAGAAGAUUGCCGGCCGUCGCAUGCUCGAGUACAUGGGUCUCACGGCCGGCACGCCGCUCGAGGAGAUCCCCGUCGACAAGGUCUUCAUCGGAUCGUGCACCAACUCCCGAAUUGAGGACAUGCGUGCGGCGGCCCGCGUCGUCCAGGGCAGGAAGAUUGCGUCCAACAUCAAGGCUGCCAUGGUUGUCCCCGGCUCCGGUCUCGUCAAGAAGCAGGCCGAGGAGGAGGGCAUCGAUCAAAUCUUCAUCGACGCCGGCUUCGAGUGGAGAGAGGCCGGCUGCAGCAUGUGCCUCGGCAUGAACCCCGACAUCCUGUCGCCCAAGGAGCGCUGCGCCAGCACCUCGAACCGCAACUUUGAGGGCCGACAGGGCGCCGGCGGCCGCACUCACCUCAUGUCGCCCGUCAUGGCCGCCGCCGCCGCCAUUGUCGGCAAGCUCGCCGACGUGCGCAAGCUCUCCAACUACACGGACAGCCCGCACGUCGCGGCCAGCCAGACCCCCGCCGCCACCGGCAAGCCCCAUGUCGACGAGCGCGUCGUCGACGACGCCGCCGAGCGCGAGGCCAUUGCCGACCAGCCCGAGGACAACUUCCCGCACACCAACACCCAGGCCGGCACCGGCGGCGGCGCCGCGCUCGACAAGUUCCUCACUCUCAAGGGCAUCGCCGCGCCGCUCGACAAGGCCAACGUCGACACCGACGCCAUCAUCCCCAAGCAGUUCCUCAAGACCAUCAAGCGCACCGGCCUCGGCAGCGCGCUCUUCAACGCCCUGCGCUACCACGAGGACGGCUCCGAGAACCCGGCCUUUGUCCUCAACCAGGAGCCCUACCGCGCGGCCAAGAUCCUCGUCUGCACCGGCGAGAACUUUGGCUGCGGCUCCUCGCGCGAGCACGCGCCCUGGGCGCUCCUCGACUUUGGCAUCAAGGCCGUCGUCGCCCCCUCCUUUGCCGACAUCUUCUUCAACAACAUGUUCAAGAACGGCAUGCUGCCCAUUGCCGUCACCAACAAGGCCGACCUCGACGCCGUCGCCGCCGAGGCCCGCGCCGGCCGCGAGGUCCAGGUCGACCUGCCCGCCCAGCUGCUCAAGACGGCCGCCGGCGACACCAUCUGCCGCUUCGACGUCGAGGAGUUUCGCAAGCACUGCCUCGUCAACGGCCUCGACGACAUUGGCCUCACCAUGCAGAUGGAGGACAAGAUUGCCGCCUUUGAGCAGCAGAUGACGGCCGACACCCCCUGGCUCGACGGCUCCGCGUACCUCCGCCGCAAGGGCCAGGGCGGCAAGCUCGCUGCCAAGCCCGUGCCCGUCGCCAAGACGAAUCGCGGUGAGCCCAUCAAGGAGCCUCUCGAAUGGUAG